UUAAUUUACAUUUUUUCAUGGGUUUAUUUUUAGAAUGACCGGAAUAAGGUGGAAAAAAAUAUAAACAAGUUCUUCAGUCAGGGCUUCCAGGUUUAUCGUGGAGGAUUUUAUGUGGCUGGGUUCAACUGCAUUUUUUAUAGUAAAUACUUAUUCUAUCUUUUUAAAGGACUCUUCUGCCUUCACAAUGUUUGGGGACUUAUUUGAAGAGGAUUUUUCCUUUAUUUCCAACAAUCACUAUGGGAAAGGGAAGAAAUCAAAGCCCAGAGAGUCUGAGCCUCCAGCUCCCAGGGAUUUCACCAACCUCAGUGGAAUCAAAAAUCAGGGUGGGACCUGCUACCUCAAUUCCCUUCUGCAGACUCUGCUUUUCACCCCUGAAUUUAGAGAGGCUUUGUUCUCCCUGGGACCUGAAGAACUUGGCACUCUGGAUGACAGCAGGAAACCAGAUGCAAAGGUUCGGAUCAUCCCGCUGCAGCUGCAGCGCCUGUUUGCCCAGCUGCUGCUCCUGGACCAGCAGGCUGCAUCCACCUCUGACCUCACCGAGAGCUUCGGCUGGAGCAGCCACGAGGAGAUGAGGCAGCAUGAUGUGCAGGAAUUGAACAGGAUCCUCUUCAGUGCUUUGGAGACUUCCCUGGUGGGGACAUCAGGCCACGACCUCAUCAACCGCCUGUACCAUGGCAUUGUUGUCAACCAGAUUGUCUGUAAGGAGUGCAAGAAUGUCAGUGAGAGACAGGAGGAUUUCUUAGACCUCACAGUGGCAGUGAAAGGUGUGGCUGGCUUGGAGGAGGCCCUGUGGAACAUGUAUGUGGAGGAAGAAUACUUUGAGAAUGACAACUUGUAUCGAUGUGGAGCCUGCGAUAAACUGGUUGAAGCUUCAAAGUCUGCUAAACUACGCAAGCUGCCUCCCUUCCUCACCAUCUCCCUCCUGAGGUUCAACUUUGACUUUGAGAAGUGUGAGAGGUACAAGGAAACAAGCUGCUAUACAUUCCCCAUCCAGAUCAACCUGAAGCCUUUCUGUGAGCAGACUGAGAUGGAUGAUUCAGAGUACAUGUAUGAGCUCUUCUCUGUUAUUAUACACAAAGGUGGCUGCUAUGGAGGACACUAUCAUGUUUAUAUCAGAGAUGUGGAUGAAUUAGGAAACUGGCAACUCCAAGAAGAAGAGGAUGGGCUGAUUGAAGAGAAGGCUUUAAGAGACACUGAGAAUGCCAAAGAAACAGAAAACCCACUGGCAGUCUUAAAAGGGAUUUUAUCAGAGGAAGAAGCGAAACAAAUUCCAGUGGAUCAAUUAGGGCAGAAAUUACUGGAGAAGAAAGGGGUGUCCUGGAAUAAGAAAUACAGAAAACAAUAUGGAGCAUUACGAAAGUAUUUGCAGAAUCAUCCUCAGAUAUUCCAGCUGAGUCCUGAUGGAAAUAAGGUCAGCCUGAAGGAAACACACAAGCUCCUGUUCAAGCUGGAUUCUCAUGGACAAAAUCUCCAGAGCCCCUCCCAGAAGAAUGAUGUCCAGUGGAACUGUGAGAAAAGCCCCCCAAGGCCAAGGGCUGCUUCUGCUGGGUGCCACUGGUUUGAUCUGAAUGAUUCCAAAGUCCAGCCCAUCAAGGAGAAGGACAUUGAGAAGCAGUUCCAGGGUAAAGAGAGUGCCUACAUGCUGUUCUACAGAAAAGCUCAGCUGAAGAGGCCCCCUGAAGCACGUGGAAAUCCAAGGUACCAAAUUCCUGAGCACCUGCUGAAUGAAAUGAAUGCUGCUAAUACAGAGCUGCAAAAAAAGAGAGCUGAAUGUGACUCAGCAAACAAUGGCAUUGAUUUACAUCUCCACCUGAGCUCCUGCUAUAAAUUCCACAAUGGGGCUUUGCAUCCUUCACUUUCUUGGAAAGAGAGCGUGGUGGAUUUGACAAUUGACAGAAGGAAGACCCUGGGAGACCUCCGGCAGGCAGUGUCCCAGAUGUUGGAGUCUUGGGAAGGGGACAUGGUUCUCAGCAUGGCCAAGCCUUUACCAGCAGGAUUACACCUGUACCAGGUGCUUGAUGGAGAUGAGCUGACCCUGGAUGGCAUUGGGCUGGCUGAUGGAGCAGACAUCUUUAUCUGGAAUGGGAAAGAGGUUGGAGGCACAAAGGUGCUGACGGGCCCCGAGCACGAGCCCGUGGUGCUGAACGUGCUUCGCUUGGCCGAGCACAACGAGGGUGGCAAGGGGCAGCACUUCAGCGAGGCCCAGCACGUCUGCUCCUGCAGCACCAGCCUGGGGCAGCUGCACUCUGCCCUGGCUCCAGCCGGGGGCAUCAUCCUCAAAAACAGCUCGGGAGCAGACCCAGAAGCCAAGAACUGGGAGGUUUUCCGUGAGGAGGACAUGAAGGAAACAGUCCGAAGUGUCGGGCUCAGGGACGGGUGCUCUGUGCUCAUCUUAGACAGCCAUGACCAGAGCUUUGUCAACGUGGCAAGUGGGAAUUUGACUGCCUUCACCUAUGACAUCAGCUGGCUCCAAGUGAAAAACUUCUGUGGUGGGGAAGAGGAGCAGAAACACGUUAAAAUCACUGCCACUAUUGAAACGGUGAUGGCAGAUAUCAAAAUGAAAGCCAUCAGGGAGUUUCAGCUGGAGGAGGAGCUGGCAAAAGAGAGCUGUCUUAGACCUGUUGGUGGCAAUGGGAAACUCCUGUCUCCAGUGCCUGAGGAUUACACUGUCAAGGAGGCAGAGCUGAAGAUGGGAAGCUUGCUGGGGCUGUGCCGUGGGAAAGCUCCAACUUCCACUCAGCUCUUCCUGUACUUCAUGGUUGGGAGUGACCAAAGCUGCAGCCCUGAGAUGGAGAUUGUUGUGGAGGAGACUGCCUCUGUCAGAGAGUGUCUCAAUUUAAUGCUGGAGAAAUCAGGAUUAUCAGGUGACAACUGGCAUUUGAGAAGGAUUGACUGGUGCUACGAGGCAGGGGAAGCACUAAGUCAGGAAAAUGCCACCCUGAAGGAGCUCAACGUUUGCAGAGGAGACACUUUGGUUAUAACUGAAGGAAAGCUUCCAGAAAAGGGUUUCCUGAAAAUCCCCAUCUGGUGGCUGAAGCCUUCAAGCCAUAAGAAACAUGGAGAGAAUGCACAAGAGCAGGUGAAUGGGAUCACCUGGAAGAUGGAGGCUUUGCAGGUGUCUGCUGCAGCAGCACCACCAGAAGCCACCCACCCAGGCCUGGAUCUGUGUUAUGCUGGCAGGAUAGAGAUAGCAGGAGAGGCCUCUCUGGAAGAUCUGAAGAUGCAGGCUCUGACCUUGCCCUGCUGCCAGGAUCAGGUUGUGCCCCUGCCUUCGUUCCUCAGAGCUUGGACAGUGGACAGCAAAGGGCCUGGGAAGCUCCUGCGGGACAACAAGAGGAGACUCAGUGACUACAGGCUGGGUGCCAGAGUGGAAAUCUGCAUAGAGCCCUUGCAAGAAGAAGAGAAUUUGGGCCCCCACGAGCUGCUGCUGCGAGUCCAGAUGGGCAUACCAGGAGAGAGGGACUACUCCAGCUCCCGGGAUUUGGUGUGGGAUAUCUCCAAGGAAUGCACAACCUGGGCUCUGAGGCAGAGAGUGGCUUCUCACUAUUGUCUCCCUGCAGAUAAAAUUGAAAUAGCCAAAUACUUCCCUGAGAGAUUUGAGUGGCUGCCAAUAUCUAGCUGGACACAGCAGAUCUCCAAGAGGAAAAGGAGGAAAAAGCAGGCGAGUUUGCAGUCAGCACCUUACCACCUGAAGGAUGGAGACAUCAUUGGGGUGAAGAACCUUCUCCUUGAUGACACCAAGGACUUCAGCACUGUCAGGGAUGAUAUUGGGAAAGAGAAACAAAGGCAGCUGGCUCUGGAAAAGAGGAAAAGCCGCCAGGAGCGUGCCCAGGAUCCCCUGUUCCCUGAGGAGAAGCUCCCCACGAAGCCCCGCAAGCCUGAAGUGGCUCUUUCCAUCAACGUGGGUGUUUUCAGAUAGCACCAGGAGCUGCUCUGCCCACACCACCCUGUGCUAACCUGGCCUGCAGCUCCAGCAGCGAGAGGAGCUCUCCCAAAGGGUCUUCAAGGAUCCCUGAGGCACAAACUGGCUGUAGGAUCCAGGAUAACUCUGAUUUUCUUCUGCUCUCUCUUGGGGAAGUGCUUUAAGGGUCCCUUUCUCAGUUGUGGUACUUACUCUCAGGCUGAGUAAAUGCACUUUAUAGAGGAGGAAAAGGAUUAAUAUAUUGUAUAACCCCUCAGUGACUCUUUUUUAACCACCCAAAAUGCUUUGUUGGGUCAGAUCUGCACCAUCACUACUGACAUCUAAUGCAGUCAUAAUCAUCUCUUUUUAGAAUUGUUUCCCAUCUCUGAUCACUGAAGCUGCUGCUGAUACCAGAAUUUGCUUUUCUCUCUUUAUCUCUAAACCUAAGUCUGUAAGAGCUGGAGUCAGCCCUAAGAAUGAGGCAGUGUGGAAAUCUCUGAGCAGAGAGUAGAAAAUUGGCUUAAAAAGAACAAGUCCUGGAUCUGUCAAGAUGUAAAACCUGGAGACAUCUUUUGAUACGGAACAACAGGGACGUAAUCUUAGAUUUUGAAGUUUCUGGGGCCUGUUUUGUUGCCCAUAAACUUUGUUUUGCAAUUUCUAGGGUAUUUUUUGUUGUCCCUGAACUUCAUUAACAGGCAAAACGGUUGGAAAAAACGGACAGAUCCAAUGUUUGAGCUUCAGUGGGUUUUACUGUACUCAGGAAAAAGGCUUGCAUUUAUUUUCAGUGCUCCUCUUCAAAGAAGUUUCCCUCAUUUCCCAUCUUUCCAGCUGUUCUGAUACUCUGUUACAUUGGAGAACCUGUUUCUCUUGGUGCCCUGAGCUGACUUUGAGCAGCUCACUGAGCUCCAGGUCAAAGGCUCUGAAGUAUUAACUCCAAAGUGAGUCUGAUUAUCCUGAGUUAAAUCUGUGACAAUGACAGGACAAGACACAAGUUUGCUUUUGGGGGCUGCAGUAAAUAUUUGACUUAUUUGCUGUAUGUAAGAGGAGCUGCCCGUUGAGAAGAUUUUCAAAUUUUGGAUAAUAAUAUGAGAUUUUUUAUGUACCUUUUAUAGGUUAACACUACUCUGGUACUUCAGACAGCAAAAAGAUAAAAACUGACACUCUGCUAGCAGCAAAACAAAAGAAGUGAAAAGCACCAUGAAACACACAAUUAUUAUUUAUUUCUGUGCAUAUCUUUAGAAUUCAGCAGGUGCUCCUGUGCUUUUUGGGGCUGAUGCUCUGCAGAAGGGGCUGUUUCAUGUCCUCACUGACUUGGAUCCUGAAAUCCCAGUUUCAUGGAUACAUUUGCUGCCCGUGGAGAGGGCAGUGGAUGUUUCCCCAUCUUCAUUUGUGUCGCCUUCUUUCCAUAUCAGGUGUUCUUGGGAGCCUGGCUUUACAGCAGGGAUCAGAGGUGCUGAUUCCAAAGGUUUGUGUUCCCACAUGGUUCCAGCCCGUUGGAUUUGUUUGCUGUCCCUUCAGUUCCUCUGGUUCCUGCUGGAGAGCUGGACUGAGCUCAGCCUUCCCCUCUUGAAUAACUCUGGUCUCUCCCUGAGAACACCAAGUUUGGAGAAAUCGAAAUGCAAAUUCCAAGUGGGAAUUUUGUGCCUUUGUUCAAGUGUAAUGUAGCAGCACCUGCACUGAGCCAAUCUUGGAUUAUUUCUAAUGUUGGCUCAAAAUGCUUUUUGUUUUUUUUUCCUUCCUUGAAACUCCUGUGGGCCAUUCCACAAUGAGAGAGUUCAUGGAAAACGGGGCUGGGGAGAGGAAACACCUUUUGAAAACGGAGUCUUGGUGACUCUGUGGGUUCUGAUGGUUAUUCAGCCUGGAAGAGCUUUCAUCUUUAUUUUUCAAGUGUUCUUCACAAAAUAAAAUGUCAUUUUUAUCUG